AUGAUAAAACAUUUUCACCACCAAUCGGAUGAUAAGUGCAAAUAUCUAGCUUUAAAAUAUAUUUUUAAAGAUAAAUUAUACGGAGAAUUUGUAGAUAUUUUACAAAAUAUUCCUGGUUUAGCAGAAUGGAAAAAAAUUAUAGAUUCAAUGACCAUUGAUGAAGUUCAAUGUAAUAAUUUAGUAUUUAAAGAUUUUUAUAGAAAUUCAUUUAGUUCUAUUGAGAAAAUUCUUGCCGAUUAUUUUGUUGCUAAAUAUUUAAUUUCGUACUUAUUUAAAGAUUCAAUCAUGCAAGAAGAUGAUCAAAAUCGAUUUUUUAAAAUUUUAAGAUUUAUUGCUAUCUUAGCUGAUGAAUUUAAAAUGAUUCAUAAAUUUAUAUUUGAUUAUACAACAUAUCGAUUACAGAUUGAAAGAACUAAUUCCGAUUUGAUGGUACUUGAUAAUUUGCCACAAAUAUGUAAUGACAUCUUUAAUUCCGAAAAUUGUAUUAAGAUUUUUAAGUUUUGGUCGACAGUUUCGCCAAGUAUUUUUAAAGAUAUUUUUAAAAUCGAUGAUAAUGUUGAAUUGACAGUUGAGUUAAUAAAUGAAAAAGUACUGCUAGUCCAAAAUUCAUAUGAAGAUUAA